GAGCCUCCAACAAGCGCACCUCACUCAAGACUCCAACUCCUGCAGGCGCGAGGACACCUGAGUUGGAGAGGACGAGUGCUCUGACUUUUAGCAUGAAGUAACCGAUUUGCUCGGAAACAUUUUAGGAAAUCUCUUUCGAGAUGAAAGCGGUGUUUGUUUUUACUGUGGUUGCGUCGUUGUUUACAGGAAAUGUUGCUCUUCCAGUCGGAAAAGAACGUCACAAAGAAUAUGUGAUUUCAAGAUGUUUAGUUGAAGUCCUUUCCAAAGCUCUUUCCAAACCCGACUCUCUGCCUCUAGAUCAAGAAUGCAAAGAUAUUCUGAAAGCAGGCUCCAAACACACUCCUCUGGAGAAAAAGAGUAAUGAUGUGGACCUGACUCACGAAGAAGAAGAGCCUUUGGCCCAGGAAGCAGAUGUGAAAGAUAUUGAGGCGCUCCUGAAAUCUGUGGAUGAGAAACGAGAGACACCGGAGGACGAACGGAGCCAGGAGUCCUGGGGUCUGGAUGAGGCCAAGGAGAAGAGAUCAGAGAAGGAGGAAGAUGAAGAUGGAGAGGUAGAAAAGCGAUCAUGGAGAGCUGGAAGGAUCCACCAGAAGAAGCACAGACGCAGUGACGAUGCCGCUGAUGAAGAACCGGAUGAGUCCCGCAGCCAAGAGUCCUGGGGUCUGGAUGAGGACAAGGAGAAGAGAUCAGAGAAGGAGGAAGAAGACGAGAUUGAAAAGCGAUCAUGGAGACCUAGAUACCAGAGGAAGCACAAACGCGGUGACGAUGAAGAACCGGAUGAGUCCCGCAGCCAAGAGUCCUGGGGUCUGGAUGAGGACAAGGAGAAGAGAUCAGAGAAGGAGGAAGAAGACGAGAUUGAAAAGCGAUCAUGGAGACCUAGAUACCAGAGGAAGCACAAACGCGGUGACGAUGAAGAACCGGAUGAGUCCCGCAGCCAAGAGUCCUGGGGUCUGGAUGAGGACAAGGAGAAGAGAUCAGAGAAGGAGGAAGAAGACGAGAUUGAAAAGCGAUCAUGGAGACCUAGAUACCAGAGGAAGCACAAACGCGGUGACGAUGAAGAACCGGAUGAGUCCCGCAGCCAAGAGUCCUGGGGUCUGGAUGAGGACAAGGAGAAGAGAUCAGAGAAGGAGGAAGAAGACGAGAUUGAAAAGCGAUCAUGGAGACCUAGAUACCAGAGGAAGCACAAACGCUCUGAGGAAGACUCGGAGAAGACAUCAGAGAAGGAGGAAGAAGACAAGAUUGAAAAGCGACAAUGGAGACCUAGAUACCAGAGGAAGCACAAACGCUCUGAGGAAGACUCGGAGGAGAGAUCAGAGAAGGAGGAAGAAGAAGAGAUUGAAAAGCGAUCAUGGAGACCUAGAUACCAGAGGAAGCACAAACGCUCUGAGGAAGACUCGGAGGAGAGAUCAGAGAAGGAGGAAGAAGAAGAGAUUGAAAAGCGAUCAUGGAGACCUAGAUACCAGAGGAAGCACAAACGCUCUGAGGAAGACUCAGAGGAGAAUGAAGACAGAGAGAAGAGGAUCUGGAAGCCAACCCACCGCUACCACCACAAGAAACACUAUAAACGGGAUGAGGAGGAUCCGGAUGAGUCUCGGAGCCAGGAGUCCUGGGGUCUGGAAGACGAGAAGAGAUCAGUGCAGGAGGAAGAUGCAGAGGUAGAAAAGCGAUCAUGGAGAGCUGGAAGGAUCCACCAGAAGAAGCACAGACGCAGUGAUGACCCCACAGAGGAAGACUCGGAGGAGGACGAGAGAGAGAGGGACAGGCAGGAGGCUAUCAGGUACCUAGCAGAGAAGAGAAGUGAGAUGGAGAGGAACCUGCUGGGAGAAGAGGAGGAGGAGGAGCUGGCCAACCUGGCAGCCAUGGACACGGAGCUGCAGCAGAUCGCAGAGAAGAUGCACGACAACAGAGCCGGCUGAGCCAGAGAUGGUGAAGACCAGCUGAUGUGAGCUACAGCUUAUGUGCCCAGAUCGGUGUGCUUGUAUUAUCUUGUUAAUGUAAAAGACACAAAAACAACUGAAAAAAGAGAGCCUUGCAGCAGAUUAUAGUGGUUAAAUUUGUACCUGUGAUGUUUAACAAUGAUCAGCAUGAGGAUCAUUUUGACAUUUAAAUAUGAAAUGUGAAGAUUACACUAAUGCAUUUCUGAGCUGAGUUCUAUAUUCGACGCUACGCAAGAUGCGCUCCAGGCUUUGAAUGAUUGUCUGUGUUUUUCUUGACUGCGUUUCAGUUUGCAUUCAAAUAAAAUAACUUGUUCUGGGACCAAAACCU